UUCAUGCAGAGUGUAUAGCAGUCCUCGCUGACAGCCAAGCCCUGCCACAUCCUCGUCAAAUCCUCGCCAAAACACAAAGCUCUGCUCUGUCAGGCUGAGAGAAAAGGGUCGUGACCCUGUACAGUAGCAGCCACCAUGGCAGAAGCGCACCAGGCGGUGGCCUUUCAGUUCACCGUCACCCCUGAUGGCAUCGACCUACAGCUGUGCCACGAGGCUCUACGCCAGAUCUACCUCUCUGGCCUCCACUCCUGGAAGAAAAGGUUCAUUCGCUUCAAGAAUGGGGUAAUGACUGGUGUGUACCCAGGCAGCCCUGCUGGGUUCAUGGUAGUGGUUGUGUCCUACAUGUCCUACAAUAAAUAUAACCAGCUGGAUCCCUCUCUGGGGUUGAUUUCCAAGCUAGGCCAACACAUACCAAUCAGCCGAUAUAUGUCCACAGACAGCCAGAGGGUAGUUGGAGGAGUUCUGGUGGGCACAGGCCUGUGGGUCACCAUAAUCAUGAUUAUGAGGAAUGUCCUAAAGUGCCUGUUGUCGUGGCAUGGCUGGAUGCAUGCACGCCAUGGCUCUGUGUCCUGGUCUACUCGUCUGUGGAUGUUAUUAGUGAAGGUGUUCUCUGGCAGGAAGCCAAUGCUCUACAGUUUCCAGAACUCCCUGCCAAGGCUACCUGUUCCCUCUAUCAAGGACACCUGCAGAAGGUACCUGGAGUCAGUGCGCCCACUAAUGGAUGAUGAGCAGUAUGACCGGAUGAAGGGCUUGACUAAAGACUUUGAGAAAAACCUGGGACCAAGGCUGCAGUGGUACCUCAAACUCAAGUCGUGGUGGACCUCCAACUAUGUCAGCGACUGGUGGGAAGAGUAUAUUUACCUCAGAGGCCGUGGGCCCAUCAUGGUCAACAGCAACUAUUAUGCCAUGGAUUUCUUGUAUGUAUUCCCCACAUCCAUCCAGGCUGCCAGGGCAGCUAAUGCCAUCCAUGCAAUUAUGCUCUACAGGAGAAAACUUGACAGAGCCCAGAUCAAACCAAUAUACUUGCUGGCGAACAAGGUUCCUCUGUGUUCGGCUCAGUGGGAGCGGAUGUUUAACACCACCCGCAUCCCUGGUUUGGAGACAGACACCCUACAGCACAUGAAUGAGAGCAAACACAUAGCUGUGUACCACAAGGGCCGUUUCUUCAAGGUGUGGAUGUUUUAUGAUGGGCGGCUACUGUUGCCACGGGAGAUAGAGCAGCAGAUGGAGAGGAUCUUGGCAGACAAGUCGGAGCCCUUUCCAGGAGAGGAGAGACUAGCUGCGCUUACGGCAGGGGACAGGACCCCAUGGGCAAAGGCCCGUGAAACUUACUUCAACCGGGGUAAGAACAAGCAAUCUCUGGACGCCAUUGAGAAGGCAGCCUUCUUUGUAACCCUUGAUGACACUGAGCAGCACUACGAUGCAGACAAUCCAGUCAAGUCUCUGGACAGUUAUGCCAAGUCCCUGCUCCACGGAAAGUGCUAUGACAGGUGGUUUGACAAAUCCUUUAACUUGAUAGUGUUCAAGAAUGGCACCAUGGGGCUGAACGCAGAACAUUCCUGGGCAGAUGCUCCAAUCAUUGGUCACCUGUGGGAGCAUGUACUCUCCAUGGACCCUUUUAAGCUGGGAUAUACUGAGGAUGGGAACUGCUGUGGGGAGCGCCACCCCAACCUGCCAGGUCCUCAGAGGCUGCAGUGGGACAUCUCUGCUGAGUGCCAGGAAACCAUUCAGAGCUCUCUGACAUUAGCCAGGACUCUGGCAGAUGACGUGGACUGUCACAUUUUCCCCUUUGCUGACUUUGGCAAGGGUCUGAUUAAGAAGUGCCGCACCAGUCCUGACGCCUUCAUCCAGAUCGCCCUACAGCUGGCCCAUUACAGGGACAAAGGGAAGUUCUGCCUGACGUACGAAGCCUCCAUGACGCGUUUGUUCCGUGAGGGCCGAACAGAAACUGUGCGCUCCUGCACAAUGGAAACCUGUACCUUCGUUCGUUCCAUGAUCAAAGAUGAGACAAAAGAAGAGCGCCUCAAGUUGCUCAAACUGGCAGCAGAGAAGCAUCAAAACAUGUACCGCCUGGCUAUGACAGGAGACGGCAUUGAUCGCCAUCUUUUCUGUCUGUACGUGGUCUCUAAAUACUUGGGAGAAGACUCACCUUUCCUCAAAGAGGUCCUGUCUGAGCCAUGGAGGCUGUCCACCAGUCAGACCCCUCUGCAGCAGGUUGAGCUGUUUGACCUGGUCAGACACCCAGAAUAUGUGUCCUCUGGGGGAGGAUUUGGCCCGGUGGCCGAUGAUGGUUACGGUGUCUCCUAUAUCAUCGUUGGUGAGAACCUCAUCAACUUCCACAUCUCAAGCAAACACUCAAGCCCAGAAACUGACUCGCACCGUUUCGGUGCCAACAUCAAACAGGCCAUGCUGGACAUUCUGGAUCUCUUCCAGCUUGACAAGAAAGCCAAGUGAUUGCCCUCUACAUGGGUGGAAAAAUAUAAGAUGCUGUUUUUAGCAAAACAUAUAUUCUAACUGAGGCUUGUACAGAAUAAAAUGUUGGAUUUUGGCUUAUUUUUAAGUUAAUUGAUGUUACAGAAGUAAGGAUGAUUGGGAGGUAUUUGGAAAUAUUACUGUCAAUGUUUGUGAGGCAUUUAUGUGUACUGUAUGUAUAGGCAGGGUGAGAUUCUGGUGGUAUUGGGUACAGGUAGUCCACAGAUCAAAAUUUUUAUUUACAGGACUGUACACACCCGUGCCUUAGUGACCUGUUAAUGUAAAAAGGGCACAAAGGGAGGAUAAAAUUAGAGCCGCUCUAGUCUGAGAUCAAGUCUAUUUUACUAAAGUAAGACAUGUCAGCUAAGAUUGUUCAGUAGCAUCAUCCCAUAUUGGAAUCACAUUUUAAGUUGAGAGAUGGCGCAAUAUUUUUACUAGUUUUUAUGCCAAUUUCAAAAAAUCCUAUGAAUUCUUUGUUUUCUUAAAGGUUUCUUCUAGUCUCCUCAAUUUCAGCACCUGAGUCAUGUGUAACUGGCCAAAGCAGCAAACUUGAUGUAACAUAUCCUAACAAAGCACAUCUUGUGUGGUGUCCAUUACUUUCAUAUAGCUUAGUUUAAAUACUGAGUCUGAUUCUUUAGGCCGAACAGUUGUAUCCAGUAAUCUUUUACCUGCUGUAGCCUGUGAGUAAAAAUGGUUAUCUAUAAUAAGAAGAAUUAUAUUAUAGUAAUAUUCAGCUUUGAUCUGGAAAGUGGCCCCGCACCAGUGUGAUUCUGGAUACCAAUACAAAGGACAGAGAGCUGUUGGUGCUGUCCAACCAAUAGAUCUCCAUUGCCCUUCUGACUCAAGUGCACAACCAGAGUGUUUGUUCUUCUUAGCUGCUAUGAUUUUACGAUGUAGCAACAAAGGCAGAUCAUGUUAAUGUGUGCGUGUUUGUUUUCAUACUCAGGUUUUACUAACUUGGCCUAGUAUUCUGUGGUGCUGGUUGCAGCAUUGGAAGAUUAGUGCUGUUGGCGUGUAUAGGUACAACAGUUGAAAAAGAUGAGAUGCAGUACGAUGCCAUGUGACCUCUGUUAACUGAUGGGUAGUAGAAUAUUAAGUUUGCUGUUGAAGUGAGGCAUUGGACGGAGUGUGUGUGUCUAGGAUGAAUGUGACACAUUAUGUUGCCAGCGAUGACUUUUUUUUUUUUUCCAGUUUCUUGUGUUUAAAUGAGUGAGAUAACUGUACUUUUGACCUUUCAGUUCACUCCAUGAAUGGACUUUUAGUUAAAACUAAAGUAACUAAACUAAGUUCAAACCUUCGUAGCCUUCUGUCAGAUCAAGAUGAAUCAUAAACUUUUAUCAGCAAACUGUUGAGUUGUCAGUUACGUUUCAGCUGUUGUUACCUAGUCAAGAUGAGGUGCAGAAUCAUUUAGUGGGUUGUUGUGUCUCUCCGGCACAGCAGGAAAUCAAUGUUUCUCCUGGAGUAAUGCUUAUGAAGGGCAGAGGGGCUGUCAUGUAUAGGAAUGCAUUUUUUUUAAAUUAUGUAUAUGUUGUCAGUUCAUCAUAUUAUUUAUUGUUUUCCAUGUUUUAACCUCUUUAUUCACACAACAAACUUUGAGAUAUGCGUAUUUUUCAGAUCAAUGCGUUGAAUGAUAAGCACUAAGUUAAAGCUUUGCUGAUUUAUGAAGUGAAACAGACAAAAUGCUUCCUUUUUUUUUUUUGACAUGGCAGUUUUAUCGCAGACUUUGCCAGUAUGUUGUAGAUGUGUGACUUUUUAUCUUGGUAGACCUCAUGUUUACGCUGCUGCAUGGUUUUUGAAGAUGAAGCUGUAUUUGUUUGCCUUUAAUUUAAAGAUGUGUAAAAAGAAAAGCAGCUGAUAUACCAAAACAAGUUUUAACAAUAAAGUGAAUGUCAGACAGCUGUA